CCCUAAUCAAACCUAAACUAGUUCAGCCACCGCUCAUCUCUCUCUCUCCCUCUCAUUUUUUUUCCCGCCGUUCUUCUUCUCGUUCUCUCUCUUCUCACUGGCUCCCCUGAGACGAGAAGGAAGAAGAAGAAACUCUAAACAAACAUUACAAAAUGAAACCCUUCUUCUCGCCUUCUCAUCGAUCUGUCCUCUCUCUCGAAUCAAUCCAUCCAUCCAUCCAUCCACUUCCUUCUCUCUUUGAUUCUGAAAGCGACGAAAAAAAUGAGAGGGGAUGGAUUCGACGGCGGCGAUUGAGGCAUGCGCCGUCGGCGAUGACAACGACGACAAUGAGGGUGUAGUUAGAGGUUCAUUUUUUUGUUUUGCAUGUACGAUUUUUACUAUUUUCAGAUUUGAUUUUAGAGUUUUUGAAAUUCUGAUCCCGUUUUCUUGUUUAUUUUUUGGGAAAAUGGAUUUAAAUCGAGGUGUGGCUUCUCGAUCUAUCUUACCCUUUCUUCGAUCUAUUCUCCUAGCUAGAACAGCGGCGACACUGAGACUAUCUUAACCUCUGGAAAAGGGAUGACAGAAGGCGACAACCGUGGAUUCGUCUCUUGGGUACCCAACAUGGCUUUUGGGCCCAAAAUGAUGAGCAACGACCCUACUUUUGAAAUUACUUUGGUCCAUCUCUGUUGUCUUUCAUUGUGAUCACAUUGUAAGACUAGUAUAGUUGUGUUAGGGGUUAAUUGCAUGGUUAGUCACUCAAAUUACAAAAAACGUUCA